AUGUCCAAGCUCAUUGUUGUGGUGGGAGUCACCGGUGCUCAGGGAGGGUCUGUCGCCCGAACAUUCUCGCAACUCCCUGAAUGGCGCGUCCGCGGCAUCACACGAAACCCUUCAGGCGAUGCCGCCCAAGCCCUGGCAUCAGAGGGAAUUGAGAUCGUGCAGGGGGACCUAGACGACAAGCAGUCCCUCGCCCGGGCAUUCGAAGGCGCCACGGCCAUCUUUUCCAACACCGACUUCUUCACCCACUUCUACGCCGCCCUGGACCCGGCCAACCUGCCCGCCGGGCUCUCGCCCGGCCAGCACGCGCACGACCGCGAGGUCGAGCAGGGGAUGAACAUGGCCGCGGCGGCCGCGGAGCCGGCGGUGCUCAGGACGCUCGAGCGCUUCGUCAUGUCGAGCCUCUCGCACGCGAGCAGGUGGAGCGGCGGCAAGUACACGAGGAUAUACCACUUCGACUCCAAGGCCGAGAUGAUCCGGCUGACGCGCGAGCGCCACCCGGCCGUCGCCGCGCGCAUGAGCACCCUCCAGAUCGGGCACUACGUCACCAACUGGAAGCAGCUCGCGAGGCUGGCCCCGGAGAGGCAGGCCGACGGGAGCUUCGUCAUGUCCCGGCCGACGUCGGCCGCUUUGAGGAUGCCGUUUAUCGUCACGGAGAGGGACACGGGCGCGCUCGUCAAGGCGCUGGUUGACCUCCCUCCCGGGAAGGACCUCAUGGGCGUGUCGGAGUGGAUGACCUUCCCGGAGUGGGUCGAGGUUUGGGGCCGUGUGCUGGGGGUGAAGGUCGGGUUUCGACAGAUCUCGAAGGAGGAGAUGUUUGAGGGUGUCCCUGAACCUAUGGCGCAGGAGAUUGGGGACAGUUUUGACUACAUUGAGGAGUUCGGGUUUGCUGGGGGAGACCCGGAAGUGUUGGAUCCCGAGCAGCUCGAUUUCAAGAUUCCUUUGACAUCGAUGGAGGAAUACAUCAGGAGCGAGGAUUGGUCGUCUAUUUUGGAUGCUUGA